AUGCCACAUCGCAGCGGCAGCGUACAGCUCACAGGCUCUCAAGCGGCCGCUGCUGGCAUGCUCUCUCGCUCGGAGCCGCACGCGGCGUCCUCUGUCCCUCAUCCCGUGGUGCGCCGAUCUGUCACCACGGAGCCUGUCGCCAGUGCCACUCUCGCUUUCCUCAUCUGCGACGAUAUCACCGCGCCAGCACCCUCCCCCACUCCCCCUAUGCCUACGGGCGGAAUGUCUAUGCUGCUUACAUCACCAGAUGGGCAACUCAACCAUGCAAUCCAUGACCUUCAGCGUACUCUCACCAAAAAGUGUCACAAUGCAUUCCAAGCUCCUAAACACUUUCCUUGGAUUGAUUUCAAGAAGGAAGUUUGCAUCCUCACCAAGAAGAAGUAUUCAUCAUCAAACUUGAUUGACACUCUGGAUAUCGAUGAUUGGGAACUUGCCCCAGAAGAAUUGUGUAUUGGAGUUGACAAGACUGAUGUGCCUCUCUUCAUGCAAAUCAACAAUUUUGGCACACGGAAGAUCUGGAUUGAAACAUACACAGCACUGCUCCAAUUUGGCCACUCAUCUGGAAUGACAAUGGAGACUUUGCAAGUUUCCAAUCGUGCACGUCCAGAACUGGCCAGUCCGUUCAGCCUUGCCGCUGUCGAACGUAUUUCUGGCCCCUGGACUGAAGUUCGGGCGCCGGCGGCGGUGCCGCCUACUGUCAAUGCCCCUCCCCCUGCCGCUGACGCUCCUGCUGCCCGUGCUCCUGCUGCCCCUCUGGCCUCCGCUGAAGGUGCUCCUCCCAUGGGCAUGACUGCUGCCGCUGCCGCUGCCACCCUCCCCUCCAACUAUGCUAAUAAUGCUGCCGCUAUCUGA